UUUACCAACUCUGUGACCCCCGUUUGCUUGGAGCAGUGGAGUGCCCUUUCCUUCUCUCACUUUGGCUUCCUGGCUUUUCUGCUCCCUUUUACGAUUCAAGGCGGCAGCUUCCCCUUCAAUAUUGCAGGUCCUCUGCUUCCCUUUCCUUCUCUUAACUACACGUAGCAGAGUUAAAUUGGUUAUUCCCCCUCCUUCUGAGCAGUCUCGUAACAGAGAGCAGAGUAGGAAAGGCAGGAUUUCACUGGAAUAGUAUUUGGAGAAAGUGCCAUGGAAGUUCUGCGCCCACAGCUUAUAAGAAUUGGUGGACGGAUUUAUAGGAAGAAUCCCAUCCAAGAACAGACCUGUCAACAUGAAGAAGAAGACGAGGACUUCUAUCAAGGUGAUCCUAGGCUCCAUGGAGUGUACAGAAGAGCCCUGUGAUGCCUACGUGGUGGAGCAGACCCAGCAAGGUUUCUGUUGUACGGUGAAGGCCCCCAGCCUGCUCUACAAGCAUAUAGUUGGAAAGAGAGGGGACACCAGGAAGAAACUAGAAAUGGAGACCAAAACUUCUAUUAGCAUUCCUAAGCCUGGACACGAAGGAGAAAUUGUAAUCACUGGUCAGCAUCGGAGUGGUGUCAUUUCAGCUCGAACUCGAAUUGAUGUCCUUUUGCACACUUUUAGAAGGAAGCAGCCCUUCACUCACUUCCUUUCCUUUUUCCUCAAUGAAGCUGAAAUUCAGGAACGAUUUCUGAAGUUCCAGGAGGAAGUACUACAGAAGUGCUCCAUGGAUCGCGGGGUCGAUAGCACCAUUUUCCAGAAUCCUAAAAAGCUUCACCUAACUAUUGGGAUGUUGGUGCUUCUGAGUGAGGAAGAGAUCCAGCAGACAUGUGAGAUGCUAAAGCAGUGUAAAGAGGAUUUCAUUGAUGACAUUACUGGGGGCAAACCUCUGGAAGCAGAGAUGGUGGGGAUAGAAUACAUGAAUGAUGAUCCUGGCAUGGUGGAUGUUCUUUACGCCAAAGUCCACAUGAAGGACGGUUCUAACAGGCUGCAGGUAUUAGUUGAUCGAGUGCUGGAACGUUUUCAGGCAUCUGGACUAAUAGUGAAAGAGUGGAAUAGUGUGAAACUCCAUGCUACAGUCAUGAAUACACUGUUCAGGAAGGACCCCAAUGCUGAAGGCAGGUACAAUGUUUAUACAGCAGAUGGCAAGUACAUCUUCAAGGAAAGAGAAUCAUUUGAUGGCCGAAACAUUUUAAAGCUCUUUGAGAACUUCUACUUUGGUUCCCUAAAGCUCAAUUCAGUUCACAUCUCGCAAAGGUUCACAGUGGACAGCUUUGGAAACUAUGCCUCCUGUGGACAAAUUGACUUCUCCUAAGGUCAGCAGCAAAAGGAACAGUGAUAUCAGCAGAACCAUGCAGAGUUCCCUGGAAGAAUGUCAGCCACAGAAGGUUCUCCUUGGCUACAGAGCAGCAGAGAGGGGAGUGUUCUCAGCUUCAGCCCAGCCCACCCCGGGGAGUUCCAGCUGCCCCAGCACCUCUCAUCUUUCCUUCCCUACGUUCUUUCUCCCUCUGUGUCCUCUUACCCUUUCUCUUUCCCUCAUUGUUAAAGCUUAUCUUGAUUCUUACUUUCUAUUAGAUAAGUCUGGUUUUGAACCCUGUGUUAAGGUCACUUCCUGGUGAGAGUCAUGUAUAACAUUAGGGGAUUUGUUUAUCACUGUGACUGUAGAGAUCAUCUGUGAAUAAAUGAAUUUCCAAAUCAA